AAUCAGAUAAAUUCAACUUUCGACAAAACCAGAUGGAAUUCAAAAUAUAGAAGAAUUUUAACCAAAACAAAAUUAUUUAAAAUUUCUAAAUUUCGGAUCCCAUACUAAGUUUUAAUCGAUUUCCGAUGAUCAAGAGAUUGAAAUGCGACCUCAGUCCGGAGCUGACCACCUGCCUCAAGUUGGUGGACAAAGAUCGAUCCGAUUGUUGCCGGAUCCAGGACCCCAUUCCGUACGAUGGCGAGUGCUUCAUGAAGGACAUUGGCAAGGAGCUGUCCAAGCUCUACCGUCGCCAUGAGCGCAUGUUCGUUAAACGGCGGCGCAUCAUGGAGAUGGCACUGCCAGUUCGCCGGCAAUGUCGCUACGUGCCCAAGUGUGCGUGUCAGUUCAGCAAGACCAUCGAGAUUGUCCACGCCGACCAGCCCAGCUACACGCGCACGGAGCAGCUGGCACUGCCCACAGUGCGGCGGCUACUCAAUCGCAGGCAGGUCGCCCUCAGCUCGGGCGACGCAAUCGGCGAAUCCAUACUGAAUCGGCUGCUCCGCUAUAGCUAUCUCUCGCUCUACAGUCGUCUGACGAACAUACAGCCGCUAAAGAAACCAGUGAAGAAGAAGAAAACGACGAAAAGGCAAAAGGCUCGCCAGAAUAAAUUCUUCGCAAAGUUGGCCGUCCCGAAGGUGGUGCCGACACCACCAAAGCCGGAACGACAAGUCAAGGAGAUGAGUGCCGGUCGCCUUAAGAAGCUGUCGCGACCCAAGCGCUACGUGGAGGAGGUCAAGCCCCAGUGGGAGCUAACGGAAACCAUGCGCAAAUACAAGCCCACCAAACGCAUCAAGAUAAUGGCCAAGCACCACGAGCGCGAGAAUGUCCACAUUAACGAGAAUCCCGAGAAGGUGGCGCCCAAUGCACUGACAUACAAACCGAGUGCCCGCAUCAAGGAAAUGUCUCAACCGCUCACAAUGCACGAAGCGAAUACAGUGCCGGCGGACAUCAAGGAAGAUCCCUUUGCCAUCGCCCCGAAUGCGCUCAAAUACAAGGCCACGUCCCGCAUCAAGGAGCUGGCCGAACCGAAGGAGUUCGAGAAUACUCACAUACGCGAGAAUCCGUUUGCCAUCUCGCCGGCGGCGCUCAAGGCCAAGGCCACGCCACGCCUCAUCGAACUGGCCAAGCCCAAGGGCGGCUAAGGAUCAAUCUCUUUCAUCCUUUCAGAGAUUAUUUAUUUUUUGCCUAUCUACGUUUCGAUUCGUUUGGUCAAUUCCAUUUAGGAUUAAAAGUUUAUUUUUCACCAAG